UGUCCUGGCAGCCAGGGUGCCUGGCACAGCAAAGUACAGCUGGGGCAGACCCCUGGGGCUGCAGCUCCCCGUGUGCCCACAGCCUCCUCCAGCAGGGAGGUCCUGGCUCGGUGGAGCCUUUAUCACAGCACCUGCACGAGGAUCAAGGCACAGGGAGCCCCAGGCAUGCACAGGGAGGUGGGUGGAAGGGCCUUGAGAUAAGGCAGCAGACACAACACGGUGGUGUGGGGCGGGGGGACCCCUUCCCAGCCCUCUUAAAUGGCGUGGCCCCGCUGGCCAGAGCUGCCAGCCAUGGAGAGAACCACGGUGCUGAUCACAGGCUGCUCCUCGGGCAUCGGCCUGGGGCUGGCUGCACGCCUGGCAGCUGACGCCACUCGCCGCUUCAAAGUUUACGCCACCAUGCGCGACCUGGCCAAGGGUGAGCGGCUGCUGGAGCGCCUGGGGGGCUGCUGCCCCGACACGCUGGAGGUGCUGCAGCUUGAUGUCACUGACCCAGGCUCGCUGGCAGCUGCUGCACAGCGGGUGCAGGGACAGCGGCUGGAUGUGCUGGUCUGCAAUGCAGGGGUGGGACUGAUGGGACCGCUGGAGACCUGCUCCGACCAGGCCAUGAAAACUCUCUUCGAUGUGAACCUCUUUGGGGCUGUCCGCACCAUCCAGGCAUUCCUGCCUGCCAUGAAGAGCCGCAGGGCCGGGCGGAUCAUUGUCUCCAGCAGCAUCGGGGGGCUGCAAGGGCUGCCCUUCAAUGCUGUGUACUGUGCCAGCAAGUUUGCAGUGGAGGGGCUGUGCGAGAGUCUGGCCAUCGUCCUGCGCCCCUUCAACAUCCACCUGACGCUGGUGGAGUGCGGGCCUGUCCACACCAGCUUCCUGGCCAACCUGCAGCGCCCCGACCCUGAGGGCAGCGAGAUGCGGGGCCUGGACGCCGAGACACAGGGGCUGUACCGUCGGUACCUGUGGCACUGCCAGAGCAUCUUCCGCGACACGGCCCAGGAGGUGGAGGAGGUCCUGCCGCUGUUCCUGGAGGCCAUCGGCAGCCCCUGCCCACCGCUCCGCUGCGCCAGCACCCAGCUCCUCGCCCCGCUCUGGCGCCUGCGGCUGAGCAGCCCCGACGGCUCCGAGUACGUCCGCGCCAUGCACGACUUCGUGUUCGGCGGCAGCGAGCCCGGCGGGGACCGGCCCUGAGCCCACACCGGCACCGCCCCGUGCGAUCCCCCAGCGCGGAGCCGGGCCCGCUCGCUGCUCGGUCCCGCCGUGUCCCCAAUAAAGCCCUUUGCAGCCGCACGGCUCUGCCUCCGUCCCUGCUCACUCCGCGGGGCUCGUUCCGCCCUGCGGCCGGGCCUGCCGGUCUCCUCCCCCCGCGGGCGGGGCUGCCCGGGAGGCGGUGCUGUUCCGGUCCC